GAUGCUGCCUUCUCUGUUAAAACUAUGUUCUGCUUAAUAACUACUGUUUUUGCUUUGCAAAUGCUACCUGCCAUGCACUCCCUUUAGUCUCCAUCCAUUUGCCAAGCAUUAUUUGGAGAAGUAAAAGCUGCCAUGACUAUGAGUGAUAUUGCGCGACAUGCUCUUCUUGGUGAAGGAAACCCAAAUGUCAAGGGUGCUUCUCAGAUUGACAUGAGUAAGGAAGAGUAUGCAGAAGUUAAUGAAUCUAAUGUACAAAAUUGGUUAAAAGGCAUCAGAGAUGGAGGCCUAAACACCAUGCUGUUUAAGUUAAAAAGAAACAAGAUGCCAAUUACAGUGGAGCAGAAGGUCCAGACCUGCGAAACCGGAUGCCACUUUUCAGGACAGGCAUGGUUAAAUGGUCCCCUAGAGGGACUUGGCUGCAAUACAUUAUGAUCACAUCAUCUACAAAGCUGAAGGAGCCCUUAUUCCCAUGGCUACUUGCGAUCAUCCUAGGGUAACUUCUUUAUUUCUUGACAGUUUUUUUUUUUUUUUUGCUUUUAAACAUUACAAAAUUGUGAUCUUUCUCAUGAAUUAUUUCAGGCUAGUCAAGUUGACUUCUCUCCACUGGAGAAGUAUCUGGUUACCUACAGCAGACUGCUGGAUCGUUAGGUCAAUUAUAUUUCCUCUCUUGCUAGAUGGACUUUGAAAGUUACUCUUUCUUGUGGGGAUGCAAUCCAUGCGUUCUAAUAGAUGAUUUCUUUUUAUUAGGCCACGCUGAAAAUAUUUGUCGUAGAAACUCGAGCAUUACUUAAAGAAUUAACAGGUCAUGAUUGUGAUUUUCUGGGAACAGGAGUUUGUCGUAUUUCUGAUAUUUCUUUCUCUUAUCAGGUUUUUACAUGUUGAAUGGAAGCAAGCACACUUCAAUUCAUGCACAUUAAUGUUGUUAUCCACUCAAGUGUCUAUUUGUUAUUAAUAUAUUUGCAGGUGGAGUGCAGAUGAGAAGUGCUUGGCCUUGAUAGAGAAAAACAUAUUAUGUAUCUACGCGGAUGAGACACUUGUUGGUCACCCUAUCGCAUUAAUAAGGAAUGUUAUAGAUUUUUGUUGGCCACCUACAGAUCCUUUCAUUGCACUGUUGCGUUAUGAUGAUUCUGCUGGUGAUGUUAAGGUAUUUUUUUCACCCAAAGAUUGUUCAUGUAUCUUCCUGAAACUUUGUGUAUUUCCCUUAUGUACAAGUUGAAUUUCUAUGAUUUUAGUUUUCAUCUUCUCAAUUUUAUGUGCAAUUGAGUAUUGUUAAAGUUCCCGAGGGGAAGAAUGUGGGCACAAAAAAGCUCAACGAUGUUGGCCACUUCAAAAUCUAUUGCAAAGAGCAAAGGGAAUAUGUUGCUUGUACGUUUAAGAGUCUAGAAGAAAAGAAGAGGAUGGACACUGGGAUUCUUAUAAUAGAAGUUGGAGAACAAAAAUCAUCCUACGUACCUUCUAGCCUUAGCAGAAGAUGCUCUGUUGAAGAAAUAGGAAAAUAAGCUGAGGUCUCAGAGGCUGCACAAGCUAGGUUGCUUUUGCAGACCUAUCAUCACAGACCUCAGGGUAAAAAGGAGCAACCUUUCCUGCUAUGCAGGAAAGGUCACUUCAACCCAUACCCUUAGUAGAAAGAGCUGUUAGGCAACCGUUACAAUACUUUUCUCAAUACAACAAAUCAUGUAUAUAUAUCAACAUCUCCCUGUAAAGAACUUAGAAUUCUAAUUUUCAAUACACAACUCUCUUCAUUGUUCUUUUCACAUGGUAUCAAAGCCUGGUUGCCACCAGUAAACAUCAUCUACCAAAAAAAAAAUUUCCCUUCUUCCAGCCAUGUCUCAAAAUGAAAAAUUAACCAAUAUAAUCCUUAAAGUCAACUCCAACUAUUUCGAAUGGUCUAAAACUGUGUAUAUUGCCCUUAGUGGCAGGAAAAAGUUGAGUUUUAUCAACGGGUCAAAACAAAGGCCAAAACCAGCAAGGCCAGAAGCCCCAACCAAAGAAGAAAUUGACAGAAUAGAGGAAUGGCAGACAUCUGACCAUUUGGUCAUGUCUUGGCUCACAAAUACUAUGGAGCCCCAAAUAUCCCGAUUUUGCAUCCUGAUGGAAUCAUCAAAAUCAAUUUGGGAAAAAAUGCAAAGCCUCUAUGGCCACCAACACAAUUUUGCACAUAUAUUCAGACUCAAACAGGAGUUAGCGCAAAUCACUCAGGGAACACAAAGUUCAUCGCAAUAUGCAACAGAAAUACUCACCCGAUGGGAAGAGUUGCAGAACUAUAUUCCGCCUUCAAUCGACCCUCUAGAAAUCCAAAAAAGGAACGAACAAGAUCUGGUAUACACUUACCUUGGAGGACUGGAUUCAAGCUAUGAAAGCCUGAGAUCACAGAUCCUCCUCACGUUCGAGCUUCCUUAAAUAGACGAAGUAAUAGCCAGCGUUCAGCGCAAAGAAACGCGGAGGAACACUAUGAGCGUCUCCUUCCCCUCGCAACCCACGGACAAUCACGCCUACAAUGCUCAACGCGAAGGCACUCGACAGCGCAGAGGGCCAAGCAUCGCGCGCUGUGACUAUUGCCAAAGGCAGGGCCACUCACGCGAGACCUGCUGGCACAUACACCCGCACUUGAAGCCUUCGCGGGGAUGGGACGGAGCAGUAGCGAUGCGCAGAGGGGGAAGAGGAGAAAGGAGAGGGGGUUGCGGCAGAAGAGAGGAGAGUUGGACAAAAGAAAGAAUGGGAGAAAGAAUGGAUGUAGGGUUAAGUGUAUAUGCCGGGUCGGGUAUUUUUAAUCAAACCCGACCCGAACCCGGCCUACACACCCGACCCGAACUCGGCCUUUACUC